AGGUGGUUUGGGUGGGAUCUUGUACUUUCUCCGUGGACUCGCUGCCCGCCAGAGUCGCGGGUCGGUGCGCACACGGGUGUGCAGAGCCGGCGGCUCCUUGCCACGGCGUGGGACGCAGGAACAGCGCGGAGCUGAGCUUUCUGCGGCGGACGGACAGACAGACAGACAGCAGCUCGUCUCGGAAGGAGUGUGCAGCGCCGUGCUUUCCUCUCCGGGUGAAGGUGGGGUGUGCUCCGGGAUCCUCGGGUCAGAGCCGGCUCGGGCGGGAGUGGGGACUGAGCUGUCCCCAGGAGCCUUGUCCGGAGCCGCGUGUCGCCUGGCAGCGUCCUGGAGCUAUGGCCGAGCACAUGAUGAUGUCCAUGAGCCACAGUGGUACCGGGCUGCAGAGCUACCGCAUGGGAGUGAGCGGGCUGCAAGGAGCCCCGCAACACGGGCAGCAUGUGCUGAGAACACUGCCUGCAGGCACUCAGAUGAUGCCCUACGGAGGGUCUGGCAUGGAUGGUGCAAUGAGGCCGAGACCCAACCUCAGCGGACAGAUGGGCCACCACCAGAUGCAGAAUGUGAUGAUGUUCAAUGGGCCGGGUCAGCAGCAGCAGUACGUGGGGCCGGUGGGCACCCAGCAGCUAAUGGCUAGCAUGCACCUACAAAAACUCAACACCCAGUACCAGGGGCACCCGUUGGCGAUGAGCAACGGGCCCAUGGGCACUGCUGCCCAGCAGUACAGAGUGGGGCCAAGCCAGCACCCAGGCAUGCAGCAUAUGCCCUCACCAGCACUGACCUUAAACGUUAUGGACACUGAUCUCAUAGAUGAGGAGGUUUUGACAUCCCUUGUGCUGGAACUGGGGUUGGACCGGAUUCAGGAGCUGCCAGAACUAUUCUUGGGACAGAACGAGUUUGACUUCAUUUCAGACUUUGUUAGCAAACAGCAACCCAGUGCCAUCAGCUGUUAAGAGGCUUUGAGCUCCUCCUUGUGUCUUGGUGGUUUUGAGUUUGUUUCAAACUUCCUUCACCUGCCAUCCUCCUCCCUUCCCCUGCCUUGCCGUGUCCUGGAUUCCUGACCUCCUCAAAGAGACAAUCAUUGGACACUGGCUUGCCAUGGAUUGCUUUUCUGUGUGUUUUUUCAUUUGUGAGUCCCUGGGGAGGGUCUUUGUACUCCAAACAGUAGGAAAUCAAGAGCUCUUGCUGUAGAGCUGCCUCUAAAUGGCACUAACAGGAUUUCUGGCUUAAGUAGAAAUCAUGGAUUUACGACUUUCCACAACUAGGCUGGGAGUGCAGGAAGCAAUGGGCAGCUGGUGGCCCUGCUGGUAGCUGGAUUUGCUCGAGGAUUUUAUGGUGCCAGUGAAGUUAAAGAAUCCCCUGAGAGUGGAUUGUCUCCUGGUGCAUGGUUUGAACCAGCUUCCCCUUGCAAACAUGGGUGGGGUUAGAUUUGUGUUGGGACUUUUUAAUGUGGGAGUAAAUAGGUCUUCAGUCUUUUCUGUUCAGCACAGGAAGGGGACACUUCCCCUCCAUCAGGCUUUUUUGGCUUUUUUUUUUUUUUUUUUUUUUUUUUUUCCCAAACUGGCUGAGCAAAAUAAAGCAUGCCUUGGGGAAGGAUGUGCAUAUGUGCCUAAAUGUUCAUUUCUGUGGAACUUUAGAUCUUUUACCUCUACAGUUAAAUCAGCUGUGAAAUUUAUGGAGUGUUUGAGGCUGGUUCAGGUGUAAGCCUUAAAGCUGCAGUCUAGUUCCACUUUUUUCCCACUUCUUAAACCAAAUAAAGACCAUGUAACUAUAGUUCAGAUCUAAUCUUAUUUAUUUUUCUUACGAUUAUUUAUUUGCAAGGGCUUCUUUUGUUACUUGGCUUUGGGACUGCUGGGAAGGAUGCAUGGAGAGUACUGCAGCUUUAAGAUGCUGGCUUCCAAAACAAAAAAAAUCCCAACAGCCUGGGAUAGUUUUCAAGCUGCUCUGCACAUAGCCACUCCGACCCCAGAUCCUUAUGCUGAACACAUAGGACUGUAAAUCCAACACCUCUCCGAAUGUGAUAAAGAUGACUCGAUUUCUAAUUCCCUUCCGCAGAAAAGGUUACAUGUAAAAGCCGGUGGGGUUUUGUUUCCUCUGCUCUCUCGUUUCCAGGAGCUGGGCAAGGUUCCUGGUAACUUAUCUGCUGCUGCCCCCUGGUGCUGCCAGCUCCUGGCAGCUGUCACUCAGCACCUAGGAGAGAAUGUACAGAUCCAUUUGCGAAUAAAAGCUGAAGUAUC